AUGGUGUACAACGCCACGAAAGAAGGAGAGAAUGUCUCGGAUAGCGUGGCAGUGAAGAAAUCACGCGUUUCUCUACACCGCAAACGUACGAUGCUUCAGCAUGAAAGUCGGGUAUUGCAGCUUUUGCAAGGCCAUCCAGCGAUUCCGGCAGUGUAUGCCUAUGGUCGGUUCGAACAUUUCGAAUACCUUGCGAUGGAGCGGCUUGGCCCCAGUGUGAUGGACCUGAUGCAGCACUCCAGUGGUGCACCACUGAAGACAGUUUUACUUAUUGCUAAUCAGAUGCUUUCAGCCUUGGAACAUAUACACUCGCAUGGGAUCAUACAUCGAGACAUCAAGCCUGAGAACAUUCUCCUCUCUGUGCAAGACCCCAAUGGUGUGCGACUGAUUGACUUCGGUAUAGCUCGUCGUUACAAGACGGGCAUUCCAUCUCAGUAUGACCCAAUCGUUGAGCGAAAAAGCAUCGUGGGUACACUUACCUGGGCCAGUCUCAAUGCACAUUAUGGAAUAGAUCUUUCCCGUCGUGAUGACCUCGAAUCACUUGCAUAUACUUUAUUCUUUCUCUUGAGAGGCGAUCUACCUUGGCGAAAGGCCCUUCGUUAUCAAGGCACCGCCAUCGCUAACAUGUUGCAGGCCCGUGAACAGAAGAAGAUUUGGACUGGGAUUAAAUUAGCAAAAGGAUACCCGUCAGAGUUUGCCGAGUUCCUCGACUAUGCCCGUUCUCUGAGUUUCGGGGACGAGCCAGACUACUCUCAUUUUUCACGCAUGUUUACGGAUCUGUACCGCCGCUCUGCAUUCGAGGACGAUGAAAUGCUCGUUUGGUCUUCAUCUUCGCCUGAAACUCGACUUCUCAUCAGAGGACCGACAGUCAAGGUCCGAUUCUGA